UUUUGAAAGUGUUACCAAGUACAUUAAGAUAUCUACCUUCCAGCUUUAAUGGUUCAUGCUUUGUCUUGAAUUUUCAAAACAAGAAUAAGUAGAAGAAAUAAAGAACAAAAAAAAAAAAAAAGACUCUUGAUGCCAUCUCUUGGAAAGCCUGUUGACUUAAAUGUUUUUUAAAAUAUAUGCUUUAACUCCAGAAGCCUCUUUUGGUUGAUUAAAUCACUGUAAAAGCUAAAAAAGAAAAAGAAAAAAAAGAUUUAGAUAUGAUGUCAUGGCCUUCCUCCAGGGCAGGCACAAGAGACGACGCGACACACUCUUCCUCUGGUAACUGGUCUGCUUCCUCCAGCACCAGGACGUCUGUAGAAUCGGAUCAUCACCGACCAGUUGCAUCUCCUACAUCUUCUCUUGAGCAAGACUCCAUCCAGUCAGAGUCCUUACAAAUCAGAUCAUCUUCUCCUUCAAGCAAUCAGAGAACAAACUCUAGAACAACAGACGACUUGCCCUCAACCUCUUCCCAUGCAAGUGACGGCACUUUAACUCCCACCCAAGACAUUCAAGAUAUUCCAUUUUUAGAUGAUGACACAAGCUCAGCCUAUUCUUGUGAUACAGAAGGCUAUUACACAUCAUUCCAUAUAGAUAGUGGCCUGCGUUCUGUUAGUUACGAAGGGAAUAAACUGGCUAGUGAAAGUGAGUACGAGCUUUUUGGAAAGGGAAGCACUGGCACAACGAACAGUUCAGCAAGCUUGGGCACUGUUGUCAUGAGGAACCCAGAGAAAAAGACCCCUCCUAAGCCACCACAAAGGGUGAGCUCUUUAGAGAGAAAACAAGAAAAUCGUGAAAGUGUGAUUACAGUAAUUCAUGUGAAUGGAUCCACUUCCUCUCGUGAAGAUGUGGCUGGGGAUGUGCCAGAUAAGAGUGGGAGUCAGGAUGGAGACAGCAGGAGUUCUCGGGAUGGUGAUAGUGGUAGAGAGACCUCCAGUUCUCCCACAGAACCCACAAGUCCUCGCCAGCCUAGUCUACCAUCACCAGAGCUUGAAUUCUCUGAGUCAGACCUGGAAGUUGAUAGGCAGGAAAUAUUCCGUGUGAAGACAACCAUAAAUUCAAGUCGUAUCCCUUCCAUGUGUGUUAUAACUCCUCCACAGAGUGAUGAUGAAAGUGUCAGGUCCGGGAGUGUUCCUCUUUCUCGUGAUAGUUCAGGAUCGCAGCUUGAUAACCAGGGACAGCAAGCACCUGCUCAGGGAUCUCAUGGCACCCUUGCCAGUCAGAGUAGUACUUCUGGUGUUACUGCAAAGCUGCACUCUUUUCACAAUACUGGUGCAAAAGGUGGAGGUGCUACUGGAGGUGGUAGAAGUGUUGUAGAUGAUGGUAGCAGUGAAAAGAAAGACACUCUGUCAAAGUUGCCACAUUUACCACAUGGCUAUACCCCAACACUCACUGUCAUUCCACGCAGUAAGGAUGGGGACAUCAACGCCCACCUAAAAGGUAUUAUGCAUACAGCAGCAGUAGCCUCCCCAGCCCGCCCAGACCCUGAACAGCCUGUGUUGAUUAGGCCUUCAUUGGUCAAACAAGCUGAACGAGAAAAAAGGUUAUCACAAGAGAGUGAUGACAAGCAGAAGGCUGAACUACAAAAGCAAUUAUCAAAAGAGGAACUGUCAAAAUCUCAAAGUGAGAAAACUCAGACACACAGUUCUGAAUUAGUAUCCUACAAGGAACUUCCUCCUCCAACAACAACUGCUUCACACCCAUUCAGUGCAGUACCCACCAGUGUUAAGCAAAAUGUUGUAAUUACACCAACUAACUCUUUGGAGAGAAGGAAAGUCAAUCCAUCAAAGCCAGGUGCUCGGGUAACGUUGAACUCGGAUGGAAAGGUUGUUUAUUCAUCGGACAGUUUACCACGACGCAAAGGACACUCAUCUUUUGAACCUGGUCCAUACAUCAAACAGGUUGUAAAUACAACACAACCUCAAGCUUCAGGAGGUACCAGUAUUUCUCAAACAAUGACUGUGUCCCACAUGAAGUCUUCUGUUUCUACUGCACCAAGUAGUAUAUUGCACACACCGCUGCCACCACCUCCAACGACUAGCUCUACUACUAUUACAGCACCUCAACCACAUCCAAUGGCACACAGGCCUCAGCAGCCCCUCCCUACUUCAGCCACACAAUUUGCCCCUCAGCCUCAUACUCAAACCCAAACCCAGACCCAGACCCAGACCCAGACCCCAGUGCAAGCCAGUUUGUCUCAGUCUGUAACUUCUAAAGCUCCUUCUUCACAACCUCAUACAGUCCCCUCUUCCCAGACAUUACCCCAUGUAAAAUCACAAGCUGCCCCAGCUGUACAGACUGUUCCAUCUACACAGUCUCUCACAACACCUUUACAAGUAAUAUCAACUCCUCAACCUCAGAUAACAACAGCUACUCAGUCUCACAUGACACCAUCUGUACAAACAAUUUCCAGCACAGCUUCACAACCUGUUUUACACACCUCCACAGAACAGCAGCAGAUAAAACCAGGCUUGUACCCCAUGCACCCAAAAGGCACUAGUGCUCCCACCACUGUUCCCCUUGCUGUGAGCAUGGCACCUGCACCAUCAUUACAAUCAACAAGUUUGACAGGCCAACAGUCUCGCCCACCUCAGUCACUGCCUCACCAACGACUGCAGCAAACAUUACAACAGCCGCAAUCACCAAGUAGUCAAAGACAAGUAGCCUUUGCUUCAAAAACUGAAGAUGAACAGAGUUAUGCAGAGAAGCAUAAACUUGAAAGUGUUGCUGGAAGCUCAAAUAGUAUUUAUGGGACCACCCAGCAACAACAGCACCUGAAACAGCAGCAGCAGAUAUUUCAAGCACGACAGGAGGCACAGAGGGCAGUUCAACAGCAGCAGUUGCAGCUACAGCAACAGCAGUCACAACAACAAUUACAACAACAACAAUUACAGCAACAGCAGCUACAGCAACAGCAACUACAACAACAGCAACUACAGCAGCAACAGCUACAGCAACAACAGUUACAACAACAACAACAGUUGCAGCAGCGGCAGCAACAGCAGCAGUUGCAACAGCAGCAUUUGCAACAGCAGAUUUAUCAGACAAAGGAAGAAGCUCAGAGACAUUUACAUCAGCAGCAGAUGCUUUUGCAACAACAACCCAUAUACCAGACUCAGCAAGAGGUAUUCCAGGCACGUCAACAGUUACACCAGCAAACUGCACAAGCACAGCCUGUUAUUACUUCUGCUGGUGUGAUCAUGGCAUCUCAGGGAGCACCUAUGUCUCCUAGAAGUCAGCGUGCUGGAGCCUAUGUACAUGUUCAAGGUCAGACGGCUCAGGUGGCAACACCUCCCCCACAGUCCACUCAGGGCAGUCAGUCAUCAGCUAAGAUUCCCCAGCGUCCUCAGAGUGCACAUGGAUACCCACCUGGGGGUACCACCUCCCGGGCACCCACCCCUGUGCAAGGUCCUGUAACCUCCAGUCCUAGGCGUGGGGCCCAACCCAGCACAAUGGCCCUAACUCACCCCCACCUGCGCACAGAUUCAGGUAUGAUGUAUGGGUCACAGCGCAGCCUCCAGAGUGUGGGCUUGGUUGUCGAGGGUCGAGGCGGAAGGGAGCAGCAGCCCCCGCGUCCCAUGUCCACCUCACCUCCUCCCUACAACGAUCACCACAAUCUCAUAGACAGUGAUAUUUAUGGCAGGAUUGGGAUGACACGACAUGUACAAGUUGGCCAGACUUUGCCUGCUGGCUUUGGAAGGCACCAAAGGGGCUACAGCUCUCUACCACCUUCCAGGAGGCAAUCUUUUGAUCCACAGAUUGCUCAACAGCAACAGCAGCAACAGGAACAGCAGCAACAGCAAAAACAGCAGUUAUCCAGGAGAUCCAGUGUUGCUUCAUACACAGCUGGAAUGGACAGCAGGGGACUAAGAAGGUCAGCUGCCUCCAAUCCCAGUACACCAGAGAAGGUUUUAGACAAGAAGGAUAAAUCUAGCAAAAAAGACAAAGAAAAGGACAAGGAGAAAAAGAAAAAAGAAGCUAAAACUGAAAAACCAUUAAAGAAAAAGUGGUUCUGGACAUUACCCUUAAGAAGAAAGAAGAAGAAUAAGGAGGAGAGUGCUGAUGAUGAUGAUGGAGGAUUCAAAGCAGCUUCACAGAAAGGAGCAAGGAAGCUGGUGCAUGCGGAUGACUCCUCUUUUAUACGCUAUCCUUCUCCUGACACUGGAUCAUCUGACAUGAACUCCUCUUAUUCUAGUGAAAUGUCUGGAGAUCAUAGUUACCGUAGUAGUCCAUCUGCUGAGGUAUAUUAUUAUAGCCGUAGAGCACAGCAUCAGACUAUACAACAGCAGCAGCAACAGCAACAACAGCAGCAACAGCAGCAACAACAGCAGCAGCAACAGCAACAGCAACAACUCCAUCAGCAACAUCAGGCUAGUGUGGGUGUGGGACCAAGAUCUCUGCCUACAACACCAGUAUCUCCUCCGGACAGUAGCCAGUCAUCCUUUGUUGCUGUUAAUCCCACAGCCCAGAAUGUAAUGUCUGAGGAGACAGAAUUAAAUGCUUGUGAUCUUUCUCGUGGACGGCGCUACAUGAGUCGUGAGGAACUGUAUGCUGCCAUGCGUCACCCUCAGUAUUAUAAUUAUCAUAGAGGUACAAUGGCUGGCCCCACAGGGGAUUUCACCAGUCAGAAUAACACUCCCUCAUCUAGUCGCAGUACUUCUCCUGCUGUAUUUGGAGUGAGCCCCUUGCCAUCAUAUACUGUAAGACCUCAGGCACAAACUACCUAUGGUGCUUGGCCUCCUGACCAACAGGUGCCCCAGCAACAGUCUGGGGUAUCCCACAGAGAGUCACCAUCUCUCUACCAGACCCAACCCAGUGCACAGGAUGAUGAUUCUCCCACAGAAGUGGAGCCUCCUUUACCAUAUCAGAAUUUAUCCGAGGAAUCAUCUAUGAAGUAUGAACCUUCAAAACCCAGUCAGUUUUCUACAGGUAAAUCUGCAAGUGCACAUCAGAACCAGCAGAUGCAAAUAACACAAGCUCAGCAAAAUCAGCAGUCUCAGCCUCUCUCCUCUACCCCAAAACAAACAACCCGAGUGGAUUUUAAGAAAAUGAUUCUCAACCAGAGUAUGAGUUCUGCUGGGGGAAACCAGAGAAUAUCAGCAGUGGAGAUGUUGAAAGCAUCACGUCCAGGCAUUUAUGGGUACUCCCCACCACCUGCUCCUGUUGUGAAACCACCUCAACCAACACCUGCACCUGUUAGAAGUGAAGGUGUCAUCAUGCCUCCUUCCUCUCGUAACACAGCCCGAGCACUCUUGUUCCAGAGUCGCUUUGGCAGUGGCCGUAGGUUCCGUACCCCCAAAACAGAGAUUAUUAGUACAACAAUUCUAGAGGACCAUGGAGGAGAGGAGUUUGAAGAAGAGGAAGAGGAAGAGGAGGAUGAAGAUGAUGAGGAAGAAGAGGAUAGCAGUGUGGGAAGCCCAGAUCGGAGGAAUGUCCAGAGUGUGAGAGGUCCUUUAACUCGGGCUUACAGUGAGCCUUGUAGUUCUCAAGCAGCAGCAUCUUAUUCACCUUCAUCUUCCCCUGUUGAGAAUGUUGAAGAGGUUGCCCACUCAACUCCUAAUACAACCCUUGAUCAACCCCCACAACCACCAGACGUAUCAAUGAUUACCUCUGACACAACACAGGAGGGUGAACAACCCCCUGCACAGAAUAAUAAUAAUACAGAGGAAAAGGAAUCGAUGGAAACAGCCCUCUGACAUGAGGCUUAAUCUAGUCGUAAUGGAUGAUAAAUAAUGAUGCUCAAAUAUUUUAUACCUGCUUGUGGGAGACAACAGCCUGUUGACCCUUUUUUUUUCUUUUUCUUGCGCUGGCUGAUGAGCUAUGCUUAUUUAUGCUGAUGGUAAUAUGACUAGUACUUAAUAAAUUCUAAUUUUUUUUGCUCUAUGACCAUUGUCAUCUUGCCAUGACAUUUUUGUGCUUUGUCUUCAAAAUUCCAGUUUCUGUCAUAAGUUUAGCUUUACAAAAUAUAUAGAAAACUUUCAUGUUGUCAGUCUAAAAAUUAGAUAUUGUCACUUUAGCUGUAUUUUUGAAAGGAAUGCUCUGACAUGUUAAAUGAUUUGCAUUGUACACAACUCACCAAUUGUGCCCUCCCACCCCAUUGGUGUAGUGCCAAUAGACUGGCUGUGGAUGGGCAAUAUUGGUGACAGAAAGUGUAGAACCUAUGAGCAGUUUACCCUCAGACCUCUGCGAGACUGACAUAUUGCCAGCCUUCAAGCAUGCAUGCUCUUAGGGCUUUGGGGUUUUAUAAAUAGGUUCUUGUAUCUGUGUUUCAUAAAUAUAUAUUUUUCUUGUCUGAUGUUCAGUAAACUUGACUUGAUCCAGGCUGUUGUCUUGAUUGAAUGUUGAUGCAUCACUGCAGUCUUCACUUUGUUACACUUACAAAUCCAAUUUCAUUCCAGUUUGUUGGUUUCAAAGCUGGAGGUGAUUUGUAAUUUGUAUAUGAUUCAUACUUGUAAGAUUUAAACACAACUUCACUCAUCAGCUCAUAAAACCAACAGAACUGAUCAUUCUUAUAAAAGAAGUCAGGGAUUUUGACUCUAAAAGCCAAGAUUUUUUUCUUAAUUAUGAAAGACUGAUUAUUGUAGUGUUGAAAUGGAUUUGAAAUUGCUGAUUUUCUCUGGAAUAUAUAACUGGAUUUUAUCUGAAAUGUACUGCUGUCUAUAGUGUAAGUUAUAGUGAAAGGAUUUUGUGUCUUUUGAAAUCUGCUGCACCUUGGUUUCUGCUCAGCUGCCCAAGGAAAUACAAAGGUACUACUCGUCUCAGGGGUACACACAGUCUUGCACAACCAUCUCCUGUUUGUGCAGCAGGCCAAAGUCAUGCAUUAUUCCAUUGAACUUUGGACCAUGUGACCUUCAACCAUAAGCACAAAGUCAUUUAUACAAUCCAGAAAGCACCAGACAUCUCAUGUUUUACCAUAGUAUCAGAUAACCAUUUUACUUGUAGGAUUUAUACAAGGAGGAAGUUGGAUUACAACUGUCAACAGUAUUUUUGCUGCUGUAUCUCAUUUAGAUGGGCAGGUUCAGUGCAUAUGCAGGGAAAUGCAUAGCAGAAAUAUUUUUAUGUAUAUUUAAUUUAUUGGUUUAUAUCCAAUUUUGUAACUGUGAAGGACUUAGUCAAUACUCUCACUUAGCAGAAUUAUGAUCUCAAAGACUGAAUUUUUAUUUAGGGUAUAUGCUCUCCCUUUAUACUCAUUAAAGUUCCUUAACAUUCCCAAAAGACACAGACUAUUCCAUACUUGUAACUA